AUGCAUGUCAAGUCCGCCAUUAAUGAAUCUGACCCAAGGAACUCAAUUCAACUGGUUAGAAAUUUACCAAGUAAACACCAUCUGUUGAUUGAAUCCAAGCAGCAAGAACCUAGCCAUGUAACGAUUCCAAUCACUGUGUUUUACGCAUUGCUUUUCCUCUUUGGCAUAUUUGCAAAUAGUUUGAGCAUUCUGAUGCUCUUGAAAAAUGGACGUAUGAAGAGCAGUGCCGUUCGCUUUUACCUCCUCAGCCUGGCAAUGGCAGAUCUAGUACUCUUGUUGACUAUACCAGUGACCGUCUAUAGAUAUUACUGGCAAUAUUAUCCCUGGCUGCUGAGUAAUCUAUUAUGCAAACUCUAUUUCAUGAUCAGGCACAUCUAUUGUGCCACAACUAGUUGGACGAUAAUUGUAUUUACUGCUGAACGAUAUAUUGCCAUAUGCCAUCCAAUGUGGUCAAUCACUGGUUUGCGACAGUCUCGUAUGAUCCAUUUGUUGGCAGUGAUCUGGGUGUUAUCAGCUGUCUCAUCUGUGCCAUUUGCAAUUGUUUAUGGACAAUCAACAGCCUGUAUCCUAGACUACACUGCAACUUCACGGGAUAAGACUGUCUUCUCCUCUACUGUGUGUGAGAUGACUGAGAAAGAGCCAUUCACCAUCUACAAGACUGUGGUUCAAGUGAGAAGCAUUUUGUGUUUCUUGGUUCCACUCACUGUGAUCAUCAUUUUUCACUUAUUAAUAUUUCGACAUUUAAGUGUGAAUAGACGACUGUGGGAGGGAAUGGGAUUGACACAUCUAAGGAGAGGUCAAUAUAUAAAUAGUUCGGAAAAACUGUGUAGAACAGAAAGAAAAGUGCUUCAACUGAUGGGAGCCGUUGCUGUUGCCUUUUUCGUUUGUAACUUCCCUGAUACCGCUGCCUCCCUGAUGCACAUUUACACAGAGAAUUGGACCACAAAUGUUCACACUAUAUAUACCUGGCUGAAGUCUUACUUGUCAAUGCCACUGUGGUAUGUGAACAGUGCUUUAGACCCCAUUCUUUUCUGUAUUUCCUCUUCCUCCUUUCGCUGUGCAUGCAAGGAUACCCUUGGGCCCAUCCUCCCCUGGAUUAACAGUUCAUUGAAGGGCCACAAGCUACAGGUUUCUUGCAUUAGCCUCACACAAAGCUGGACCAGGAAUCAACUGGCAGUAUCUUCAGAUACACAUAGAGCCAUGUGGACUCCGAGUUCCUGCACUGGAGAACUCCCCAAUUCAUGUGAUGCAAAGCAGAGAAGAGCACUUCAGCUGCUUUCUUUGAAGGAUCUCUCAAAGCAGAAUGAUCAGCAAGUCUCUUACUCAGGGAUUUUGCAGACCAGCAAAUCUCACUCCCUCAGUGGUGCUGCUGUCCGGCAGCUCCACUCCUGCCAGGUUCUCUCUGAACAACAAAUGUCCUCCUACAUACCAGCAGCUAACCCCCCCAUCACUUUCUCCCCUUGA